GGACCCGUAGACGUCAACAUAUUAGGUAUAUUAUGCCUCACUAGAAAUGUACAUAGUUUGCGAUUAUUACUUGCAUAUGAACGUAAGCAACGUUAGUUUUACAUUAUACUAUGUUUAACACAUAUUUUGAAGGACUUGUUGCAGUAAAGAACGAGUAACAAGGCUAACCAUAUACAUUUCACUCAGUCAAUCAUCAGUGGCAGCCCAUCGUCGAGGCGCCAGAGUCAAACGUCUAAACAAAAAGGUAGCCAACCGCUAGCUCGUUGAUAGAGUUUAAGGAACUGCAAAGGAAAGCUGAAACAUUCAGGGGAAAGGAAGAUCUGUUAUUCACUUCCAACGAUGAAGACCUCCAAACCAGCACAACAGACCUCUGCUCAAGAGGAAUGUGGUGUUUGGCUGGAUACUGUGCAACUAAAAGGAAAAGCUAAACAGAAACGACUUGCCCAUCCCAUCUUUAAAAUGCUGAAUCCUUUUGCUGGAGGCAGCGGAUAUAGUUUGGCUGUGGCACUCAAUUUCACCCAGACCAAAAUGGAGAUGCCAAAGACCAAACAGAGCUCUAUAUCAACCUUUUUUGCACCUCAGGGCAGAGUUCUCAAUAAGAUGUCUUCUUCUAAAGUGCCAAACAUGGAUCCAGUGCAGCCUUCUUCAUCAUCUACCUCGACCACACAUGCCUUAACUGCACCCAACCCUGUAGUAUCGGGGAAAAAAACGAAAACUUGAAAUGUUUGACUUAUAUAAACGCUGAGCCUGGAGUGAAUCCUGAGUGGAAAAGAGACCAUGUGGCUGAGCCUGAAGCAGCACUGUGUCAGGAGCAGGCAGCAGAAGAGCAAAUAGAGGAGAUACAUCCACCAUGUAGUAAGAGGGGCUUCAUUGCAGCCUCCUUAUUGCCAAGUGACAGUCAACCUCUUCCACAGGCGUGGAGUCAGGACCCACUGUUCACUUGGAGCCAGUAUUCUGAAGGUGAAUUUUAUCCGACAAAAAAAACGAAAAAAAACACCUCAGCAAUGGACGUUAGUGACUGCGAGCCAACUUUCUUUAACAGUCUACAAAGUGAGGACGUUUUUGGUAUUGAGAUUAAUGUGGAAGGUGGAACCUCGACUCAAAAAUCCUUUAAGCAUUUUCAUUCUUCUCAAAUGGAUCAAGAGAAAGAAAACAGCAGGUUUUUGUCCUUUAUGUCUCCAAGAAAGCACUCAACUCUCUCUCAUAUUGAACCUCUUUCAGAUUGUAAAUGUACAGAGCCAGAAACUGCAUCACCUCGAAAACACGCUCCAUUGUGCAUGUGGGAAAGGGCAGAUAAAGAGCAGAGCCUUGAGUCACAGUUCAAGUGGACAAAACCGAGCAGCUCUCCCCUAAAAAAAACAGCACCAAAGCUGUCCUGCAGAGAGGACGAUGAGGACAGUCUGGC